AUGGUUGACGUUGUGUCGAUUAGAGUAUUCUCCUUAGCGUAAGAUUUAGCCUUAAAUAUGCCAUUUUCAUGAACCAGAAUUGGUGUAUCUCUAUUCUUUAAUGACAUAAUAUACUUUGAAAUUUCAAAAAUUUCCCAGAUUUUGUGGUUCUCCUACCCCAAUUUGACAACUUGAUACGAAAAAUAUAUAUAAAUACAUACUCAUUUCUAGUAAGGGAAGGUGCAGAUUGCAGUGAUCUUGGAACAUAUUCAAAUAUAUUAUAGCUUCUCUAAUUCUGGGAUAUCUCUACUUAAUAUACAUAAUCAAGAACAGAAACCAGUAUGGUGAAGGGUCCCACCAUAGUAUUCGGAAAAUUUCAGGUUUAGCUUAGUCGAAUGAUGCUAAUUCUUAAGGUCCCAGAUCACCAGGUUGCCGGACACCACGCACUUAAUGGGAAGCUUGGCCCUCUCGUUGAUGAAUUUGGGCAUUUCUACAAGCCUCUUCAGAAGAACGGACGAGGCUCAACAGAGCUUGAAUUCUACAACACAUUCUUAUCCGAUGAGACAAUUCCGAAUCAUAUACGAAAAUUGUUCCCCAAAUUUUAUGGCACCCAGCUUGUACGGGCUUCUGAUGGAUCUGGACCUUGUUCUCACCUUGUUUUAGAAGAUGUAACCGCAUGUUAUACAAAUCCGUCCAUCAUUGAUGUGAAGAUAGGCUCCCGAACCUGGUACACCCAAGCAACCCAGGAGUACAUUGAAAAAUGCCUUAAGAGAGACCGGGAAACCUCUAGCCUUGCUUUGGGUUUUAGGAUAUCGGGGCUAAUGUUCUACAAGGGCCAACAAUCUGGUUAUUGGAAACCUGAUAGAAAGUUGACUACUACAUAUACAUCAGACGAUAUCAGUUUGGUUUUAAGGAAGUUUGUUUCAUGGAAUCAAUCUGAUGAUCUUGAAGAAAACCCUGAUUGUAGAUUUUGUUCCCAAGUAUUUGGUGGUCCUUCGGGCAUUUUGGCACAAUUGCAGGAUCUGAAGUCAUGGUUUGAGGAUCAAACAAAGUACCAUUUCCAUUCGACAUCAAUUUUGAUGGUGUACGAUAAGGAAUCAGUGGAGAAAAGCAGAGUCUCAGGUCCUUCAGUUAAGCUUGUGGAUUUUGCUCAUGUUGUUGAAGGAAACGGCAUAAUUGAUCAUAACUUCUUGGGUGGACUUUGCUCACUAAUCAAGUUCAUAUCUGACAUUUUAGCACUUCAAAAUGGAUGCACCAACAAAGAUUCUUUGCAGAAUGGAGGGUAGGAUUUACAUAAUAAAUUCGCCUUUACUUAUGUAACAUGCUAUAAACAUCACAAAGUUUUGUUUUGAUUGGUACUUCUAUGCGUUCAUCUUUCAUACCUUUUUCUCAUCAAAUGACCUUCUUAUUUCAUUCAUCAUGUAUUGAUUCCAAAAACUAUGUAGUUUCUUCAAAAUGACAAAUAUCUUGUUUAAAA